GCCGCCCGCACCAGACACGACGCCUAGUAGACCUUGACCUCACACACUCUUGAUCCAUAUUGCUCGCACAGCCAGCAGGCUUGGUGUCGCGUCUUGUGCGCUCGUAGUUACCCCGCCAACACGGCGAUAAACAAACUUUUGCCCAAACUGCUCCAUCGCCUCCACACUCCACAACGCAAACAUGUCGCAGCCCAGAACCUCUUCCAAAUCAAAGUCCUCCUCGAGCAAGGACUCGUCGAAAGUCCACAAGCUCGCCCUGAAGGGUUCCUCCAAGGUCGUCAACGAGUUCUUCGAGUACUCUAUCAACACCAUAUUAUUCCAGCGAGGCGUAUAUCCCGCCGAGGACUUUACCGCGGUAAAGAAGUAUGGCUUGACCAUGAUGGUCACGGCCGAUGACCAGGUCAAGGCCUACAUCAAAAAGAUCAUGUCGCAGCUCAAAGAUUGGAUGUACGGUGGCAAGAUCUCUAAGCUGGUCAUCGUCAUCACGAGCAAGGAGACAGGCGAGCACGUCGAGCGGUGGCAGUUCGAUGUUCAGAUAUUCGGCAAAAACUCAAAGUCGAAAUCGUCUAAGAAGACAAAUGACAAGGAGAACUCAGUGCCAGCUGCGAACGACGCUCCUGAAGAGAAGACCGAGACGGAGAUUCAAGCUGAAAUUCAGUCAAUAUUCCGCCAGAUCACAGCUUCAGUCACCUUUCUGCCGAUGCUGGACGGUAAUUGCACCUUCAACGUGCUUGUCUACGCGGACGCAGACUCCGAGGUUCCACUCGAAUGGGGCGACAGCGAUGCCAAGGAAAUCAAGAACGGCGAGAAGGUGCAGCUGCGGAGUUUCAGCACGAGCAAUCAUCGCGUCGACACGCUUGUUAGCUACAGGCUUGCGGAUUAGGACGUGCGCCAUUUCAGGACAGCUCGCAUGGUUCAUGCUUUGAUUUCCUAUCCGGCGUUGAAAAGGUUGGGUUGGCGUACGGUUGUCGAUAGUGAGCGCCAAGUGUUGGAUGAACAAAUUUCAGUUCUGCUACAACGACUCUCGAGCUCGAAGGAUAUCAUAAAUGUACAAGACGAUGUUCGAUUAG